AUGUGCAUCCUGGCCUUUGUGACUCAGUGCUCGCAGCGGUUUCCACUUGUGCUGAUCAACAACCGCGAUGAAUUGAUUGGCCGUGUGACACAUCCCGUCGGUGUGGACAAAUCAACGGGUCUUCUGUGGGCGGCGGAUGGUGUGGCUGGCGGUUCGUGGCUUGGACUGAAUGUGCACAAUGGGCGUUUCGCUGUCCUUACGAAUUGCUCCCGCUGCCCAACGGCGCCACUAGCAAUUGAUGGGAUCUCCAUGCCCUCUGACUGGCGGGGAGCCAUGCCAGUUGCGGAAGUAGUGCGGCGCAUGAAAGUGCAUGCCACGCCUGCGGAGGAUGGCGGAACAGACGUGUUCUUGACAUUCAUCCCCGAUCUCUCGCGAGGCUGCAUUGUCGGUGAUUUCCUCAAGGAAGGGAGAGUCCCGGGUGAUUGUCUCCCGUCUUCUUCUCUUUCGACAGAGGAGGCGAUGAACUUGCCGCCCUCCCUUCUUUCAUCUCCAUACUUUGACGGCUACAACCUGCUGACAGCGGAGAGUUUGUUUGACCCGCAUCAAGUGCAAUUGCUCUACAGCACGAAUCGUUAUGCCGCGCAGCACCGAUCCCCCGCAGAACACGGCGUCGUUCAUUGUCUGCAGAAUAGUCACCUUGACAACUGGAUGGAGCCCAAGUGUACCUUACUGCGAAAACGGUUUGAAGAAGCGCUGAAAAAAUUUUUUCCCACAGGUGCAACACCAUACGACGCGGAAUAUGUGGCAGAUUCCCUUGCCUCUUAUUGUCUCUGCCUUGAGCCGAACUUUGAUCUACAGCAAGAAAUUCAAGGUGGUAAUUUAUCUCCCGAGGUUGUUCAGGGAUAUCAGCAGGUAUUGGAUGCCUCAUUACCAUACAAGGGCUACAAUGGGGAGGCGGAGCUGAUACAACUCUACGGUGCAGGGCUACAACCACCCGUGCACUUUCCAACUGAUAGUUACAAGGAGCACAUUAAUUUUCAACAGCGGAAUAUAUUUGUUUCCAAUGGCAUGUACUGUACUCGGUCUCAGACAACAGUAGUGGUGGAAACGAUGCCUGAUGGUGAGGGAACCGUUGUCCACUUCUCGCAGCGAAAUUGUAAUGCCGGUAAAGCACACGGGCCGUGGAAACACUUCACCGUGCAAUCACGGUCAAUUAUAUGA